AUGAGAUCACGAUGCCCUUUCUGCAUAAGGAGCUACGCAAGUCCUGGUAGUUUCGAUCGACAUCUUUCAAGAGUCCACGCAGAGAAGGCAGUUGAAUGGUACAACAGUCAGCUUACACGCCGUGCUGAGGAUUCGGUGAGCCUUGUAGAAGGCCCGGGAGGACUAUACGGAAAUGAAUUGUUGAAUGUUGGGACCUUUUCCUUGGGUCCCACGAGCGUAGACCAAAGCGAGUCUGAUAAUGAAUCAAACGAUGACACAGACUCGUUGACAGAACGAGACAGCAUGUUCAGACCAGCAACUACCGUGUAUGAGGGUGCAGGAGAGCAACUUUUCCCCUCCACAGGAUAUUCCGAGAGCUCAGAGAGCCUUCUGUCCAACCCGUGGCAACCUUUCAAAUCAGCAAAGGAGUUUGAAUUAUCACGUUGGUUCCUGCGAUCCCACGUAUCGCAGGGUCAAAUAGACGAUUUUUUUCGAGCGGCAGGCGCAGGGAAAGGCUCCUACCACAAUGGAAAAGGCUUUACACGCCAUCUUGAUGAGAUGGUUUCUAGGGACGGUUUAGGAAGAGAAAGUUGGAUGCACUCAGAGGUCGAGUUGGUGGGCGAGAAGAUUGCAUACUAUUACCGGGACCCUAUGAGUGUGGUGCGAUUCCUUCUGGGGCAACGUGCAUUCAGGGAAUCUUUGGUGUAUGCCCCAACGAUGGAGUACAAUGAGCUAGGCGAGCGAAUGUACGGUGAAAUGCAUAUGGCAGACUAG